CUCAUACUAUACUCACCACCAAAUAUUCGCCAAAGUAUAAAACAUUACCACCAUUAUUAUAAUGAAAAUUUAUUUUGGUGUUUAAUAAUAAUUCUUAUAGUAUUAUGGCCCCAGUUAGACGACGAGCAAUUACGGAAAAAGAGAAGAAGGAACUUCGAAACUAUUUCUAUAAUAGUUCGGAUAAGCCAACACAAUCAGACCUAAUUUCAUGGUUUAAGCAACGGUUCGACAAAGAUCUUUCACAGCCAUCUGUAUCGCAGAUUUUGUCUUCCCGAUAUAGUUAUCUUGACCAUUUGACCGAUGUAGAUGGAGAUGUGAAGCGGAAUCGACCUGCAAAAUAUCCAAUAUUGGAAAAACUGCUGUUUGAGUGGCAGCAAAGAGCUCAGAGCCAAAACCAGGUUGUCACAGGUGAAGCCAUCAAAGAAACAGCUAGCAAGUUGUGGAAAAAGAUUCCGGAAUACAAAGAUUUAUCCAUGCCUGAGUUUAGCAAUGGGUGGUUAGAAAACUUUAAGCGACGCCAUCAGCAAUUUCAGUCCAGUGUCAAUAAAGAGCAACCGUACUUACUUUUCCAAGGAAAUAUAAUUGAGACAAUUACCAGAAUUGCAGAUAUCACCACUCUGACAGAUCCAGAAAAUGUGUUUGCUCUAUGCGAAAUGGGGCUUUUCUGGAAGCUUACGCCUAGCAAGGUUUAUGCCGUUGAGGAAGUACAAGGAAUGAAACGGGAUAAAGCUCGCGUUACAGCAUUGGUAUGUACGAAUGCCACUGGCACAAGAAAACUUCCAAUGUGGGCCAUAGGUUACUCCCAAAACCCCAAAGCCUUCCGUUCAGCAGCGAUUAAGCCAGACGUAUUAAAUUUUCAUUGGAGAUACAAUGGCCGUGCUUGUUUGACCACAAUAUUGAUUGAAGAAUGGCUUUUAUGGUUCGAUGCUCAAAUGCAAAAUCGUAAAGUGGUACUUUUGCUUGAACGCUCUACUGCAGUUGUCUGUGCUUUAGAGAACUUGCGUAGGACAGGUCGAGACCUAACGAGUACUUCAGUUAUUAUACUUCCUGACCAGCAGGAGAAGCGCUAUAAUCCUUUUGAUUAUGGAAUCACGUUUACUUUGAAAGCUUUUUAUCGAAAAUAUUGGAUUCGCUACAUGCUUGCCCAGAUAGAGCUCGGUAGGAAUCCUCAUAAAACCGUCAAUAUUCUUCAUGCAAUGCGCUGGUUGACAAAAGCGUGGGAGAUUGACAUUUCCCCAGUAUGUAUAUAUAAUAGUUUUUGUCAGAGCAGUGUUCUAAAAACUUUGGAUACUGGUCAACCUGAAUUAUCUUAUCCUGCUGAGGUAGUUAGCGAAAUCCAGAACUCGGUUGUUCGAUUCGAUGCUCGUUCAGCAGAAAACAUUCAAAGCUUUAUUGAUCCCAUAGAGGAACGUCCUCAAGAAGCUGGAAGUGAUGUGCUAACUUAUGUAGCUUCCCAAUUCUUGGCGGACCGAGAUCAGGAAACCGAUGAGGAGGAUGAACCUCGUUUACAAACGACCUUAAAUGGUACUUAUGAAGCAUUAGACUAUUUGAUUAAUUUCGAAGCUCAACGUGAAGGAGGUGAUCCUUCUUUUAUCAUUACUCUUCUCCGUUAUCAAAACACCCUUGAAGAUUGGCAAAAUAAACUACUGAAAUAAAAUGAGAUGGUUUGCUUAGGCUGUUAUUCAACUGGUGAUGAAGAAGUUAUGGAAUUAAAUCUCAUGGAAUAUAUAUACUAUUGCAAUAGAGCGUUCUCAUGCUCAUGGCUGGUCAUAGCGUUUACGAUAAGAUGCAUAAUUUAGAAAUGAACAUUUGUGCUUUGCAUAUACAAUAUGAUUUUUCCUGUCAUUAUAUAAAAAGUACAAAUAAUAUAUAUAUAUAUAUAUAUAUAUUGAAGAGAUGGAACAGACCGGCAGGUUCACGAAAAAGAGGAAAAGGAAGAAUACGCUCAGAUUCGCUUGUUCAUUAAAUUAUUAAAUUCUAAUAAACGUAUCUUUUCUCUCAAUUGUUUUCUGCUAAUAAAAAAAAUCUUAACACUCUAUACACAUUUGAAAUAUAAAAAUUAUGUAUUAUAUCUCUGCACAAAAGCAAGAGGGUUUUACUUUGCAAUACAAUACAAAAACGUUAAAAAUUACAGACCGGCGCUGUCAUAACAUAUUAAUUGGAAUUUUUUCUAUUAUUAAUAACUAAUUCAAUUAAUGAUAGUUUCAUUGUUUCGAAGAGGUCACUUUCCUAAACUUCUUCUUUCCAAAUUUUUGCGCUCUUCAUUUACAACGUCAACUUCAUACCAUAUGGCGACUGAAUUAAAUCGGCCUUCUCAAGUGCCAGAAGUUUCCAACAAAAGAGCAAGAAAACUUUCAAAAAGACGUGCUAAAAAGCCUGUCGAAGAAGGAAGUGCUGGUCAUGUUUUACAAUUAGACAUUGAGAACCUGUUAGAGCAUCCACCUCUGGCUAGCAUACCAUUUGAAAGAUUUCAGGAAAUUGAAGUAAAUAUUGUUUAUUUGAGUUCCUCAGGAGAUGGAAUUGGCCUAGUUUUGGAUGAUCGUUACGCUGUAGUUGUUCCCUUUUCAUUACCUGGGGAUAAAGUGAAAGCUAAACUACACUUUUUGGCUGAUACCUAUGCUCUGGCUGAUUUUCUCCAAGUGUUGGUACCUUCAAAAGAUAGAGAUGACUCCCUAAUUGGAUGUCGAUAUUUUGCAAAAUGCGGAGGUUGCCAAUAUCAAAUGCUUCCUUAUGAAAAACAACUUGAGCAGAAGAAAAAGGUUAUAGAAAAGGCCUUUCGGUACUUUUCAAAGUUGGAUGCUUCAAAACUUCCACAGAUUGAAAACACAAUGGGAAGUCCUUCCCAGUAUAACUAUAGAACCAAGAUUACUCCUCAUUUCGACGUCCCUAAAGGCGGUACGAACGGGCCGUUGACCAUUGGUUUUCAAGAGAAAGGUAGAAGGCGAGUGAUGGAUAUCGAAGAAUGUCCGAUAGCUACCAAGAGCAUUAAUGAGGCCUAUCCAAAGAUCAUAGGCGAGGUUCAAGGACGUGCAUCAACGUACAAGCGAGGAGCUACAAUUCUCAUGCGUGAUUCCGUAAAUAGCAUUGGCGAACAUUCGGUUACCACUGACCACAAAGCUAUUAUCACUGAAUCGUUUGGAAAAUAUAAGUUUGUUUUUCCAGCAGGAGCAUUCUUUCAAAAUAAUAACUCGAUUUUGCCUGACUUUACCGGUUAUGUUAGAAAGCAGUUACUUAAUUCUUUUGGCCGUGAAAGCUAUCAAAAACCAAAGUAUUUUGUAGAUGCUUACUGUGGUUCAGGAUUGUUUAGUAUCGCCUGCUCCGAAGGAUUUGAAUCUGUGAUUGGUGUUGAAAUUUCCGCCGACAGUGUGCAUUAUGCAAAAGAGAAUGCUGAGAGAAAUCAUGUCUCUAAUACAAAAUUCCUAGUUGGUCAAGCGGAAAAAAUCUUUUCAAGCAUUGAGACUCCCUCUGUCGAGACUGCGAUGGUUGUUGAUCCUCCUAGAAAAGGUUGUGAUCAAGCUUUUCUGAACCAACUGUUGGAAUACGGACCGUCCCGUGUUGUUUACAUUUCCUGUAACGUUCAUACUCAAGCUCGAGAUGUUGGCUACGUUCUGCAUCACGAACUUGGUAAACAUUAUCAGAUCGACGAAAUUCGUGGUUUUGACUUGUUUCCACAAUCUCAUCAUGUCGAAAGCAUUUUGACAAUGACAAAACUUAACUAUUGAAUGAAGUAAUUGAUGUUGAAAUCAUCGAUCUCUGCGAUCCUUCCUUUUACCUCCUUUUUGGGCCUUCAGUUCAUGAUUUUCCUCUUGGUCCCUAAAUCCAAAACGAAACAAUGGAAAGACUAUUUACAAGGUCAAAAUCAUUUUGUUAAAUCGAUUGGGAUUGUUUCAGGACCUAAAAUACUGAAUUAUUUGGAAAACCAACCGAAAGAUGUCUCUUUAGACAAAUAUGUACUCGUACCCACUUCAUUUGAAGAAAAUAAUUUACCGCAUGAAAUAAUCAAUAGUCCAGAGCUUCAGAUUAUUCAUAAUGCCUUGUCGCAUACCAUUAUGGAAAAGAAUACCUUGCAGGAGCGCAUAUUGUCUUAUAUAGCUAAAGUCAUUAGAAAAGCGGCAAAAGUGGAACAGUUUCCGGUUCCUAUGAGGUUUGUCAUAUAUCCUCCUAUGGCUCUCCUAUCUCCAAAUAGCUUCUCUACGAAGGAAUGGUUUGACUUCUUUCAGGAAUACAAGGAUACAAAAACAGUUACAAAACUCUUUGCCAUUCUCGCAGACGAGUGGAAAGUAACUCAUAUCGCUUUAAAUGAGCCAAUUCCUAUAAAUGAUGUUAUGAGGAGACCACUGGCUUUGCAACCUCUUUAUGGAGAUUUUGGUAAACCGGUAUAUGGGGAACCCAAAAUAGAAGAUUUUGAAACCGCACUUUGGGUUCAUUGUAGACAAAAUGGAAUCUAUCAGACAUGGGCACCUCUUUACACGAUGUUUUCUCGUGGAAAUGCAAUUGAAAAAGCCAGAGUUUUAAACUUUGAAAAUGUUGCGAAUGAAGUUAUUGCUGAUUUAUAUGCUGGCAUUGGAUAUUUUUCUUUUUCAUAUGCAAAAGGGAAAGCCAAAAGUGUUCUCUGUUGGGAAAUUAAUCCGUGGAGCAUUGAAGCUUUGCGAAGAGCUGCUAUAAUUAAUAAUUGGUCUGUUUGGGUCGUUCGGCAUGAUGAAGAGUACAAUUUUGACGUGGGAUCCCAUCAAAUUGUAGUGUUCCAUGAGAGCAAUGAAUACGCAAAAAGACGUUUGGAAUCCCUGAGUGCUUCGGUCAAACACGUCAAUCUUGGAAUGCUUCCCUCUAGUAAAGAUGCAUGGGACAUGAGCGCCUUAAUUGUUGAGCGAGGACCUGGGUGUUUUAUUCAUGUGCAUGAAAAUGUAAUGGAGGAUCGUAUCGAAAGCUACGGUGAAGAAAUAAACAACGAAUUCAAAAACAAAUUAAAUAUGCAAACUACUUAUCAAGUUAAUCGGGUGAAGUCGUUUUCGCCGAGAGUUUGGCAUAUUGUGUAUGAUAUAAAGACGGUUGAUUGCUGAACAAAAAAUUUUAUAUCAUAGGGCUUUAUUUUUGGGUAAUUGGUUUUGAAAAUAUUAUAUCUUUGUACCAUGAAUAAUUUGUAAGGGUAGGUAAGAGUUAACAAAAGCAA